UUCUCCUCCUCGCCACUGGAGGCCGCCUUUGCGCCUGUAACCCGAGCUGCGUCGGGCCGGCUGAGGUCUGGCUGCUGCCUGCGUCCCUUGGCAGAGUCUAUGCUUGAGGAGGGGAGCCGCUUCCCAUCGCUCUCACAGACCAGGCGCCAAGUGUAGCAGUCCCGUCCGCAGUCUGCCUCAGCAGCACCUCCAACGCCCGCAAUGCCCUUGGAUACCGCCGCCCCUCUCAUUCCCACACCGUUCUGACUGACCGUAUCUCUCAACGAGGUACCCUGGAUCUUUACUUCUGGACUGUUGGGUACACUGUCCUGAGUCCUGUGCGCUGCUUGAAGCGAAUGGAGACGGUCCAAGGAUAACAGAGGGUGCAGGUUUUUGCUACUGCAGAAGACCUGCCGGUAGUUCGCUGCCCGGAGGGGGGGCUGCUGUCUGUCAGAGAGGCUGUGGUGUCGCAUCCGCUAUUUUCAUUAUCUAAAAAAAACAAAUCACCCUGCAUGGAUGCAUCAUGGCUACGUUUAUAUGCAGGGUACAGUUCUUAGAUGAUACUGAUCCAUUUAACAGCACCAAUUUCCCCGAGCCCACCAGACCACCUCUGUACACUUUCAGGGAAGAUAUUCCUCUGAUAAAUCAGAUUGCUGGAGUCCACAGGCUGCUAAAAGCCCCACAGAAGCCUGAUGACUGUGCCCUUCAGCUGUCCCAUAAUGGAAGCUACCUGGACUUGGAGUCCACACUGGCGGAGCAGAGGGAUGAACUGGAGGGAUUUCAGGAAGAAGGAGGGAGAGGCAAGAAACACAGCAUUAUUCUUCGAACACAGCUAUCCGUCAGAGUUCAUGCCUGCAUCGAAAAACUCUACAACUCAACUGGACGAGAGCUACGGAGAGCACUCUUUUCCCUCAAGCAGAUUUUUCAGGAUGAUAAGGACCUGGUGCACGAGUUUGUGGUGGCAGAAGGACUCACGUGUUUGAUAAAAGUCGGAGCCGAAGCUGACCAGAACUACCAGAAUUACAUCCUCAGGGCUCUCGGUCAGAUAAUGCUGUACGUGGAUGGGAUGAAUGGCCUCAUAUCUCACAAUGAAACGGUCCAGUGGCUUUACACCCUGGUUGGAUCCAAGUUCCGUCUGGUGGUGAAGACAGCCCUAAAACUGCUGCUGGUGUUUGUGGAGUACACAGAGUCUAACGCCGCCCUGCUCAUAAAAGCUGUGAAUGUGGUUGAUGCCAAAAGAGGCACAAAACUGUGGUCAAACGUCAUGGAGAUCCUGGAUGAGAAGGAUGGAGUGGAUACAGAGCUGCUGGUGUAUGCGAUGACACUCAUCAAUAAGACUCUGGCAGGCCUCCCAGACCAGGACUCAUACUACGACAUGGUGGACUGUCUGGAGGAGCAGGGCAUCGAAACCAUGGCGCAGAGACACCUGAGCAGGAAAGGCACUGACCUCGACCUUGUAGAACAGUUCAACAUCUAUGAGAUGACUCUCCGCCACGAGGACGGAGACGAUGAGACCCAGUUGCCUCCCAGCGCCCGCAAGGACCGCCGACGGGCCAGUGUCGGCGGCACCAACGAGAGGCGUGGCCUCGAGAGAAGACGCAGCCGGAGACAUUCGCUCCAGAAUAGCAGAGGCCACGCUUCUGCACCAGCAUCCCCAAGCAGCUCUCACACUCAUGCAAGCAGCUUCCUGCCCUUCGGUGGCCAACGCGUUGAAGACAUCAGUGAAAGAGAAGAGGAAGAGGCAGAAGAGGAGGAAGAGGAGGAGGAGGAGGAAGGAGAGGAGGAGGAAGGAGAGGAGGAGGAGGAGGAUGAGGAGGAGGACGAGGCAGAUGAUGAAAGUCAUCCAGUCACUGAGUCCUCUAGACAGGGUGCUCACAGUGUGGCUGCAGCUGUAACAGGCACUCCUAGCAUGUGUCUGAACUUAAACUGUAUGGCCAACAUCCUCCCUAAAGCCAGUGACCCUGAAGGGCAGAGAAAAUAUCUCAGCGCCAAGACCAGGACGUCUUCUCCUGUGUCCGUCGCACCUAGAAAGAGGACCCUUAGUCCUUGUCUGACAGAUAUAAACAACUCUCCUACAUCUUACACAGCUAGAAAGCCCUGCUGGGCUGAAAGAAUCAGUGCCAAUGGCACUCCAUACCCUGGCAGGCACCAGGCUCCUACAUCACCCAUCCAUCGCUUCACUAGUUCAGCAACCUCCACACCAGACUCCAAACCAGUUGACAGACCUGCAUUAGGGGGCUUGCUGUCUUCAUCGUACAGGCAGCAUCAGGAGUCUCUGGCUGCAGAGAGAGAGAGGAGGCGCUUGGAAAGAGAAGAGCGUCUGCAGAGAAUCGAAAGAGAAGAGAGGAACCGCUUCAGUCGAGAUUAUGUAGACAAGAGGGAAGAAGCACGACAGGCCAGGGAGGAAAGGUACAAAGCUGUAGAGAGGCUAGCUGCUGAGGAGUUUGAGCGAGAGCGCCCCAGAGCGCCAACAAGAGGACGGACAGAAAUCACUUUGUGUUUGAGUCCCAAUCCUGCCAGCCGCUCAGUGUCCCGCUGUACCACACCUUCAUCCAUUAUCUCACAGGAGGACACCAUCACCGCUGCACACCAGACGUCAGGAACAGAACAAAUCUCAGAGCCAAACCUUGACCCACAGACCAGGACCAAAAGUCCAGCGCCAGAGUUAACAGUAUCAGAACCUUCCCCCACUCCUCCCCCAGAGCCAGACGAGCAGCAGACUGAGACAGAGUCGCCUGCAGAGACUGAGGACGUUUCUGAGAGUCAGUCUGACCAGAAUGUGUUGGCAGAGCCGGCAUCCGAUGAACAAUCCGGCAUGGAGAGCAAAGAGAGGCAAGAGGAGGAGAAGCCUGAGGAACAGAAACAGUGCGUGGAGGAAGUAGUGAUAGAAGAGCAGGUAGAAGAAGUGGAGGUAGCAGAUGUAGCAGGUGUGGGAGAGCCAGAUGUCGAGGCGGAGGCGGAGGUGGAGGCGAAUGUCGAGUUUGAGUUCGAGAAGGAGCAGACGACGGAAAGGGAUGUAGAAGAUACUGUACUGCUGAGCGAGAAGGAGAGACAGAACGAGGAAGUGAAUGAAAAGGACAACUGCUCUGCAUCCAGCAUCUCCUCUACCAGUAGCACUCUGGAGAGGGAGGAGCGGGAGGAGAAACUCACCAAUGACAUUGAAGCAGGCCAGUGGACACAGUGCAUUAAAGACGCAGAUGUGAAUGACCAGUGCAACAAAAUACUCAACAGCAAGCGCUUCAUGCUGGACAUGCUCUAUGCUCAAAAGACAACUAGCAGCGAUGAAGGGAAUGUAGCAGAAACGGAGAAAGAAACAUGUAAAUGUGAGAAGGAGACGGAGGUCAGUGACUCCUCUGUGGCUAGCUUGGCCAGCAGGAUCUCCACACUGGAGGCUCACAGACAGGCCAGAGAAGAAAAUGUGAAAAAAAUGGAGGUGGGACAUCUGGACAACCAGGGCAGUGUCCGAGCAGUGGCGGAGAAGUUUGGAGAUUUGGUCAAAGGUCUGACAUCUCCUCCUGAGGUGGAGGCCUCAAAAGAACAGCAGCAGACUGACAAAGCAUCACCAGCUGCCUCACCGACCUUACCUCCUAAGAAAGAGUCGGACUACAUCUGGGACCAGCUGAUGGCCACACCCAGGGAGCUGCGGAUCAAGGAAAUGGACUUCACAGACCUGAAGGAUGAAGAUGACGUGGACAUUUUAGAUAUGGACAGUGUGAUGGGGUCAGGGGACCUGAUACCACCACCUCCCCCUCCGCCAUGCAGUGCUACUCUGCCACCACCUCCACCCCUGUUUGGCUGCCCCCCUCCUCCUCCCAUGCUUGGUAAAAUGAUGCCCCCACCCCCGCCAUUCAUGGCCCCUAUCCCUCCGCCCUCCCCUCAGCUGUGUCGAGGGGAGAUGCCUCUCUUCCAAAAGAAGAAGAAGACCAUCCGCCUCUUCUGGAACGAGGUGCGUCCCAUGGACUGGCAGUGUAAGAAUCAUAAAUUCUGUAAGGAGUCCCUCUGGUCCAAACUGGAGCCAAUUAAACUGGACACAUCCAAGAUGGAGCAGCUGUUUGAGUCCAAAUCCAAGGAGCUGCCUGUCACAAAGAAAGCAGCUGUUGAUGGCAAACGACAAGAAAUCAUAGUCCUGGAUUCAAAACGCAGCAACGCUAUAAACAUCGGCUUGACUGUCUUACCUCCUCCACGCACCAUCAAGACCGCUAUCCUCAACUUCGAUGAGUACGCACUGAACAAGGAAGGCAUUGAGAAAAUCCUGACCAUGAUCCCCACGGAGGAGGAGAAGCAGAGGAUCCAGGAGGCUCAGCUGGUCAACCCCGAUAUUCCCUUGGGCAGUGCUGAACAAUUCCUUCUCACCCUCUCCUCCAUCACAGAGCUGUCUGCUCGCCUGCAGCUGUGGGCAUUCAAGAUGGACUAUGAGCUUAUUGAGAAGGAAGUGGCAGAGCCUCUACAGGACCUGAAGGAGGGGAUGGACCAGUUAGAGAAAAACAAGACUCUCCGCUACAUCCUGACCACGUUGCUAGCCAUAGGCAACUUCCUCAACAGCACUAAUGCUAAAGGCUUUGAGCUGAGUUACUUGGAGAAAGUCCCAGAGGUAAAGGACACAGUUCACAAGCAGUCCCUACUGCACCACGCCUGCUCCAUCGUGGUCGAGAAGUUUCCAGACAGCACUGACCUCUACUCUGAGAUAGGAGCUAUCACCCGCCUGACCAAGGUGGACUUUGAUCAGCUUCAAGACAAUCUGGCCCAGAUGGAGCGAAGGUGCAAAGCAUCAUGGGAUCACCUCAAGGUCAUUGCAAAACAUGAGAUGAAGCCAGCAUUGAAACAGAAAAUGUCAGACUUCCUCAAGGACUGUGCAGAGAGAAUCAUCAUUUUGAAGAUCGUACAUCGAAGAAUAAUCAAUAGGUUUCACGCCUUUUUACUGUUCCUGGGCCAUCCGAUAUAUGCAGUCCGUGAGGUCAGCAUUCAUCGCUUUAGCAAGAUCCUGAGUGAAUUUGCCCUGGAGUAUCGCACAACAAGAGAGCGCGUGCUACAGCAGAAACAGAAGAGGGCUAACCACCGAGAGAGGAACAAGACCAGGGGAAAAAUGAUAACAGAUAGUGAGGACGAUGAUAGUGAGAGUGGUAAAUUUGGCGGUGCCCCGUCAGAAGCACAGGAGAGCCAGCCUCAGGGUAUCCAGUAUGCUGAAGAUGUGGCUGAACAUGAGAACAUGAAGGCCGUAUUAAAGAGUAGCCUGCAGGGUGGAGAGAGUGGGACGUCCACAGUGCCCGGCCUCCGUACACGCACCAGAGCCAGCAGCACCAGAGGGCGUGUUCCCCCAUGGUGCUCUGCCAAUGAUGACCCAGUGAACUGCACAGAUGACACAGCUGAUGAGAUCAUGGAGAGGAUUGUUAGGUCAGCCACUCAGGGGCCCAGCCAGCGGACGCAACCUCGGGAGAGGAGACGGUCCCGAGCCAACCGAAAAUCAUUGAGGAGGACACUGAAGAACGGUUUGACGACAGAGGAGGCAAACGCUCUUGGCUUGUCCAGUGGUUCAGAGAUGCAGGUGUGAGCUGGACAUAAAGACGUCUGGAAGCCCUUUCACUGCCCCUCCAACGCCCACACCCAGCCGGGCAACCCACUCCACCCUGGCUUGGCACUAAAAUCCCCCUCCCCCCAGCUUCGAUGAGUUGACCUCAUCUUUCUGCGUUUCUGUUUACAUCGGCUUGACACGAGUGCUUCCUGACGAGAGUGGAUAAAAAGCGGAACAAGAUUUUUAUUCACGAACUGACGGCCGGAGAGCGCAGACAUGGAGUGCUGUAAUCAAACCAGUUUUGCUGUUGCUGGAUAAACGUAGAUGAGCUGCACUCACAAGGCUUAAUCACAAUCAUCCUUUGAACGUGACACUGCAUACAAACACCCGCGCAAAAAUUAGUUGUUUUUUUUAGGCCGAGGGUAUGGAAAGAGUUGGCAGUGUGUAUGCUUCAGCCUACGUGGCCUUGACUGAAUCCAAAGGGCUAGAAGUGUGGUACAGACACUAAACUCUCCACUGGUUUAGUGUCAGCCCCGAAGCUUUAGUGACAAAUUAAAUUGAAAGAAAUCUCAUCUAUUGAAUAGAUGGCUUUGUGCAGAAGGUUAUUCUGUUAUAUACUACUGUGGUAGUUUUGUGUUUCUUUUCAUUUUGCUCAAGAAGGUGCUCAAAUAAGGAACAAUUGCACUGGAUGUAAAAGUUGGGUAUCAAUGGAAUGUGAAAUCCUUGACACUGAUGAACCACUCUGACAUCUAAAUCUGAAAAUGUACUCAACAGUUUAACCAGCAAAUCAAAAGUAGCACACUUUUUAUGUCUAAUCAAAGUGGACAGAUUCAAAGCAGAUGUGCAUCUAAAGCUUUGUCAAAGGUCUGUUAGUUGACUGGAUAGGAAGGAAUUAAUGCGAGAAACGUUUUUGUAAAGUUCACAGUCAACAGUUCAGUUACUGUUACUAGUUUUAGACUAAUGCUGAUCAUGCAAACAUUUUUAGCUUCAAUAAAUGUAGACAAGUUGAAUUAUGUGACCUAUUCUCAGUCGGAAACAGCUUGAGGAAGGCAGACAGUGUUACAGGUGAGCAACCUUCAUAGAGUUAAUGUAGUUUUAUUUUCUAGAAACUAUGAGCUGCACAUUUCAGAGUGCCUUUCAGAGACAGUUAUUUAUUAAGACGUUUUCAGGGACAUAUAAUCAAGAAAAUGUUACAACAGAUGUGCAGUCUGUGAGGGGGGGGAUAAUAUUGCAAUGUACAUCAUUCACGAGCUGUGAUUUAUUUUUAACCAGUGUUUUCAAACUUGUCCUGGCAAAAUGUCUGCUUUUUUGCCACGUUAUACGUCUUGGAUCAAAUAGUUUGUUAGGGAGAUAGCUUUAAAGUAUUUAUGACAACUUAGGGAUUGGUUAUGCACAUUAGCUGUAUCUUGUUGCCUUACUGUAGAAUAUGAACAUGCAUCGUUCCUCUCAAGUCAUGAUCUAGGUAAAAUGUAAGAGCUGAAAUUCAUGUGUAGCUCAGCUGGCAUCAUUGGAGAUCUCGGUUUGUAAUUCACAGGACAUAUAAAGUAUUCCUUCACUCUCUUAACUAUGAAUGUGAACAUCAGGGGUUACAUGAUAAUUAGUAAUAUGGACGCACAUAGAAUCUCCAUUAUUUAUCUAUUGUAAAUCUGUAUUGAAGUGGAUAAGGAGCCCACAGUUAAACUUUGAUUAUAUAGGUCUGUUUUUGAACUAUUGGUGAACUAAUGUUGCUAUUAAUUAUUUUGGAAUGGCCUUCGCUAAAUGUAUAACAUGCAUAACUUCAGUUUGUAUCACGGAAAGGUAAAUCUAUCCACUAGCAAAUUCUCACUGUGAUGGAACAUAGCCAUUGAAAGAAAACAAGAAAUCUAGCGCAACAUGAUCAUGAUAAAGCUACAUAAAACCACACCAGCAGUACCAUUUUUUUUUUUUUUUGUUACGUUUAGAAUUUACUGAAACCAAUUCAGCACCUUAGACUCAAUGUGUAGCAUGCAACUUAGUAGUUAUGGGGGGAAGCGCAUUGUGUUUCCCAGAUUGUACUGAUUUUUGUCAAAACCAAGAAAGAACAGAUGUGUAAAGUAAUAUGGGGGGGGAUGCUGUAAAAUGAUGUAAAUGUCAUGACAAUGUCCGUUUGUUCUUUGUUUCUGUUUUUUGCUCCACGUGUAGAAUAGUGUAUUAUAGACUAAAAGCAGUAUUAUUCUAAAUAUAAUUUAAGCAAACCAAGCCAUGCAUGGUUUAAAAAGGUGUCACUUCUGCUUGAUACAAAGGGAGGUUCACUUUAGUUCUCAGAGCUGUAGGGUUUGUGUGCGUGUUAUUAAACCUUUUUACUUCACAGACUGUAAAGUGAACAAAUGUGGUGAAACACGCAGUGAUGAAAUUCACCAGCUAAUCCUGUGGAAUCCCCUUAGAAGCCUUUGAUUUCAUUGCACUCAACGUUUUCUUCUUUUAAUUUAACAUUAGCCCACGACACACAUUGCUGCCUGUGCCAUAACAUCACUGUGGAACAAGGCUUCUAUUGCGUCUAUGCCCACAGCAAAAACUAUGUAACAACUACAAUAAAAAGGCUCAUUAAAACAA